UAAAAUCUCCAUAUAAACCCUAACCAGAAAAAAUAAUAAUAAUAAAGUAUAUUACAUCAAUAGAUGGCGCUGUUCGACGACUUGAGGUUAAACCAAGGUCAUCAUUGCAGACGACCGGUUACUUUAAAGCAAUGACAAUAAUUUCUGUAAUUUAGAUAAUUUAAGGAUAUUUCGUUGAAUAAAAGAAUCAUGUCGACUUUCUCUAGUUACGGAAGAUUUUUCUCGUCGGAAAGAGAAUCUUCUUUGGAUGUUCCUAUGAGUUUAGAAGGAUGUAUUAUACGUUCAGGUCAAAAGUCAAGAACUAUUGGGGUGUUUACAAGUGGUGGAGACUCUCAAGGUAUGAAUGCAACUGUCAGAGCAAUUAUUCGAAUGAGUUUGUUUAUGGGUGGAAAAGUAUUUUUUAUUAAAGAAGGAUAUCAAGGAAUGGUUGAUGGUGGAGAUUAUAUUGUAGAAGCAAAUUGGGUUUCUGUCUCUGGUAUUAUUCAUAAGGGUGGCACUGUCAUUGGAAGUGCUAGAUGUAAAGAAUUUUUCCAAAGAGAAGGAAGAUUAAAGGCUGCAACUAAUUUAAUCAAAAGUGGCAUUAAUAAUUUAGUUGUUAUUGGAGGAGAUGGGAGUUUGACAGGUGCUAAUUUAUUUCGUCAGGAAUGGCCUUCACUUUUGGAUGAAUUAAUUGAAAAAGAAUUGAUUAUUCUUGUAGCUGUGAAUUCAGUUGUUAAUAAUGUAAGACCUUACAUUCACAAAUAUUUAGCCUUAGUAGGAGCUUUGGCUUCUGAAGCAGAUUUUGUAUUUAUUCCUGAAUGGCCACCUGAAUCUGACUGGCCUGAAGUAUUAUGCCAUAAACUGAAGCAGAUUAUAUUUUGUGAUCAAACUCUUAGUCAUCAAAGAACUUUUAUAUUGGAAGUAAUGGGAAGACAUUGUGGAUAUUUAGCCUUAGUAGGAGCUUUGGCUUCUGAAGCAGAUUUUGUAUUUAUUCCUGAAUGGCCACCUGAAUCUGACUGGCCUGAAGUAUUAUGCCAUAAACUGAAGCAGGGCAGAGAUAUUGGACAACGUUUGAAUAUUAUUAUUGUUGCUGAGGGAGCCAUAGAUAGGCAAGGAAAUCCAAUAACAGCAGAAGAUGUAAAAAAGGUUAUUGAAGAUAACUUAAAACAGGAUGCAAGAAUCACUGUUCUUGGACAUGUUCAACGUGGUGGAAGUCCUUCUGCAUUUGACAGAAUUCUUGGUUGCAGGAUGGGUGCUGAAGCAGUGAUUGCUCUUUUUGAUGCUACUCCUGAAUCAGAAGCUUGUGUUAUUUCACUAGCUGGAAAUCAAGCUGUUCGUCUUCCACUAAUGAAAUGUGUACAAAUGACAAAGAAUGUUGGAAAAUGUAUGAAAGAUAAAAAUUGGCAAAAUGCUGUUAAACUUCGGGGAAGGAGUUUUGAACGGAAUUUAGAGACAUAUAGAAUGCUGACAAGAAUAAAGCCUCCAAAAACUUCUUUGGAAAGUUUAGGAAAAGAUAUA